CGACUAAUAAACGGAAAUUGUUGGGUUGGAAUCAGGCUGGAAUUAUGAACCAGGGACAGCACCACUCUGGAGGCUUUGCGUGUCUCCGCGGUAUGAAUGUGAUUGACUGAGCGUACUCAGUCCCCCCCCCCGCCCCCGUAUCAUUCAUUCUUUCUAUCUCCCUGUUGAACGAACGGAAUUAGGGGACGACGGUUGGAGGUUAUCUAGGAAACUGCGGACAUCUCUCAGAUGCUAACUUAUAAACGAUUUCGUAUAUCCUUGCGAGUAGCCUACCACCAUUGCUUUGCAUUUAUUCUGUCAAAUGUAGAGGACUGCUUAUGUUUCCUAUCACGCCGUGCUGCACAAGCAGCGUGAAAAGAUCUGAUUCAAGGAUGCGGAUUUAACAGAAAUACGCUGCCAACUGGAAUUUUAAACAUUAGCAUUGAAUUAAGUCACUAAUGCCAGUAACCAGAUACUCUUUAUGUUCGUUUUAUAUUUGAUCAGUGACGCGGUAAAAAUAUCGAGAGCCAACCACCAACGAAGAUAAACCACGAGAACGGGUUGGAUGGUUUCCCCCCAGCCCCGGUCACCAUGAGCACCAUCUCUCCCACCGACUUCGACAGCCAGGAGAUCCAGCAGCAGUACAAUGACAUCAACAACCGCUGGGACCUGGCCGCAGAGACCGACUGGGACAAUGAGAACAGCUCGGCGCGCCUCUUUGAGCGCUCGCGCAUCAAAGCCCUGGCAGAUGAGCGCGAAGCGGUGCAGAAGAAAACCUUCACUAAGUGGGUGAACUCUCACCUGGGCCGUGUGACGUGCCGCAUCGGGGACCUGUACACUGACCUGAGAGAUGGACGCAUGCUCAUCCGCCUGCUGGAGGUGCUGUCAGGAGAACAGCUGCCGAAGCCCACCAAGGGGCGUAUGCGUAUCCACUGCCUGGAGAACGUGGACAAGGCCCUGCAGUUCCUCAAGGAGCAGAAGGUCCACCUGGAGAACAUGGGCUCCCACGACAUCGUGGAUGGGAACCACCGCCUCACCCUGGGUCUCAUCUGGACCAUCAUCCUUCGCUUCCAGAUCCAGGACAUCAGUGUGGAGACUGGGGAUAACAAGGAGAAGAAGUCUGCCAAAGAGGCCCUGCUUCUCUGGUGCCAGAUGAAGACCGCUGGGUACCCCAACGUCAACGUUCACAACUUCACCACCAGCUGGAGAGACGGCCUGGCUUUCAACGCCAUCGUGCACAAACACAGACCGGACGUGAUUGAGUUUGACAGCCUGAAGCGGUCCAACGCCCACUACAACCUCCAGAAUGCCUUCAACAUAGCAGAGAAUAAGCUGGGCCUCACCAAACUCCUGGACCCAGAAGAUGUCAACGUUGACCAGCCGGAUGAGAAGUCCAUCAUCACCUACGUGGCCACCUACUACCACUACUUCUCCAAGAUGAAGGCCCUGGCUGUGGAGGGCAAGAGGGUUGGCAAGGUGCUGGACUAUGCCAUUGAGGCUGACCAGCUGGUUGGGAACUAUGAGAGCCUGGCGUCAGAGCUGCUGCAGUGGAUCGAGCAGACCAUUCUGACCCUGAACGACCGUCAGCUGGCCAACUCCCUGAGCGCCGUGCAGAACCAGCUGCAAGCCUUCAACACCUACCGCACCGUGGAGAAACCCCCUAAGUUCACAGAGAAAGGCAACCUGGAAGUACUGCUGUUCACCAUCCAGAGCAAGAUGAGAGCCAACAACCAGAAGGUGUACAUGCCCAGAGAGGGCAAGCUCAUCUCUGACAUAAACAAGGCGUGGGAGCGCCUGGAGAAGGCGGAGCACGAGCGGGAGCUGGCGCUGAGGAACGAGCUGAUUCGCCAGGAGAAGCUGGAGAUGCUCGCCGCUCGUUUCGACCGCAAGGCCGCCAUGAGGGAGACCUGGCUGAGCGAGAACCAGCGGCUCGUCUCUCAGGACAACUUUGGCGUGGACCUGGGAGCGGUGGACGCCGCGACCCGUAAACACGAGGCCAUCGAGACGGACAUCGGGGCGUAUGGGGAGCGCGUGGCGGCCGUGGAGGCGGUGGCCAGGGAGCUGGAGGCGGAGAACUACCACGACGUGCGCCGUGUGCUGGCGAGGAGGGACAACGUGCUGCGGCUGUGGGAGUACCUGAAGGAGCUGUUAGCCGCUCGCAGGGAGAGACUCAACGCACACCGAGACCUGCAGAGACUGCUGCAGGAGAUGAGAUCCAUCAUGGACUGGAUGGGAGAGAUGAAGGGUCGUCUGCAGUCCCAGGACAGUGGGAAGCAUCUGCAUGAUGUGGAGGACCUGCUGCAGACUCACAACCUGGUGGAGGCAGACAUCUCAGCCCAGGCAGAGGGGGUCCGCGGGGUCCAGGGAGCCGCUCAGCGCUUCACCUCGGACCAACAGGUCUACAAACCGUGUGAGCCGGCGCUGGUGGGAGAGAAGGUGUCUCUGCUGGGCCGGGCCUAUGAGGAGCUGGGCCAGCUGGCUGGGGAGCGGAGGGUGCGCCUCGAGGAGUCACGGCGCCUCUGGCAGUUCCUGUGGGAGCUGGGAGAGGAGGCGGCCUGGAUCAGAGAGCAGGAGCAGAUCCUGUCAGGAGGAGACUGUGGCCGCGACCUCGCCUCCGCCCUGCACCUCCUCAGCAAGCACGAGGCCUUCAGGGACGAGAUGGCAGCCCGCUACGGCCCUCUGGGCAACAGCAUCGCCGCCGGACAGACCCUGGUGGAGGAGGGACACAUUGGAGCCCCAGAGUGCACUGAGAGGAUCGGGGACGUCCGCGCUCAGUGGGCACACCUGGAGGAGACGUCCCAGCUGAGGGAGCAGCAGCUGAAGGAGGCGGUGGCCCUGCACCAGUUCCAGACGGACGCCAACGACAUGGAGGCCUGGAUCCUGGAGACGCUGCGCCAGGUGUCCAGCCAGGAGGUGGGCCACGACGAGUUCUCCACCCAGACCCUAGCCCGCAAGCAGAGGGAGGUGGAGGAGGAGAUCCAGAGCCACCGGACCCUCAUCGACUCCCUGCACGAGCAGGCCCUCAGCCUGCCCCCGGUCCAUGCAAACUCCCCUCAGGUAGAGGGCCGUCUGCCUGCCAUCGAGCAGCGUUACCACGAGCUGGAGGCCCUGUCUGCGUCGCGGCGUCAGGCCCUGGAGGGGGCGCUGGCCCUCUACCGCAUGUACAGCGAGGCGGGCGCCUGCCAGCUGUGGGUGGGGGAGAAGGAACAGUGGCUGGACGGCAUGCAGAUCCCCACCAAACUGGAAGACCUGGAGGUGGUGCAGCAGAGGUUCGAGACCCUGGAGCCUGAGAUGAACAACCUGGGGACUCGUAUCUCUGAUGUCAACCAGGUGGCCCAACAGCUGCUGGGAUCAGACAACCGCAGCAAAGACCAGAUCCACCAGACGCAAGACCAGCUCAACAACAGGUGGAAGGAGUUCCAGCGUCUGGCGGACCAGAGGAAACAUGCCCUGGAGUCAGCCCUCAACAUCCAGAACUACCACCUGGAGUGUAACGAGAUCCAGAGCUGGAUGAGAGAGAAGACCAAGGUGAUCGAGUCCACCGAGAGCCUGGGCAACGACCUGGCUGGUGUCAUGGCCCUGCAGCGCAAACUCACAGGCAUGGAGAGAGACCUGGAGGCCAUUCAGGGUAAGUUGGACGACCUGAAGAAGGAGGCAGAGAAGCUGGCUGAGGAGCACCCGGACCAGGCAGAGGAGAUCCAUGCCCACCUGGGGGAGAUCCAGGAGGUGUGGCAGGAGCUCAACGCCACCAUGAAGCGGCGUGAGGAGUCUCUGGGCGAGGCCAGCAAGCUGCAGGGCUUCCUCCGGGACCUGGAUGACUUCCAGUCCUGGCUGUCCCGCACGCAGACCGCCGUGGCGUCCGAGGACAUCCCCACCUCGCUGCCAGAGGCUGAGGGCCUGCUCUCCCAGCACGAGAGCAUCAAGAACGAGGUGGACAACUACAAGGAGGACUAUGAGAAGAUGCGGGCGGUGGGUGACGAGGUGACCCAGGGCCAGACUGACGCCCAGUACAUGUUCCUGGCCCAGAGGCUGCAGGCACUGGACACCGGCUGGCACGAGCUGCGCCGGAUGUGGGAGAACCGCCACAGCCUUCUGGCCCAAGCCUUCGACUUCCAGAGCUUCCUGAGGGACGUCAAGCAGGCUGAGGGUUUCCUCAACAGCCAGGAGUAUGUGCUGUCCCACACUGAGAUGCCCUCCAGCCUGCAGGGGGCAGAGGAGGCCAUCAAGAAGCACGAGGACUUCCUGACCACCAUGGAGGCCAGCGAGGAGAAGAUCACGGGCGUGGUAGAGGCCGGACGCCGCCUGGUCAACGACCUUAACGCCAACUCUGACAAGAUCCAGGAGAAGGCCGACUCCAUCCAGCAGAGACAUCAGAAGAAUAGGGAAGCUGCAAAUGAACUCCUGUCUAAACUGAAGGACAACCGUGAACUUCAGCAUUUCCUGCAGGACGGACAAGAGCUGACUCUGUGGAUCAAUGAGAAGAUGCUGACUGCUCAGGACAUGUCGUACGACGAGGCCAGGAACCUCCACAGCAAGUGGCAGAAACACCAGGCCUUCAUGGCUGAGCUGGCCUCCAACAAAGACUGGCUGGAUAAGAUCGAUAAGGAGGGCCAGGCCCUGGUGACAGAGAAGCCAGAGCUACAGCCUGUAGUCCAGCAAACUCUGGAGGGCCUGCAGAGCCAAUGGGAAGAGCUAGAGAACACUACACGCACCAAGGCUCAGUGCCUCUUCGAUGCCAACAGGGCGGAGCUCUUCACCCAGAGCUGCUCUGCUCUGGACGUGUGGCUGAAGAACCUGUCAGGGCAGCUUCAGAGCGACGACUUCGGCAAGGACCUGACCUCCGUCAACAUCCUGCUCAAGAAGCACCAGAUGCUGGAGCACCAGAUGGAGGUGCGUGAGAAGGAGGUGCAGUCGCUGCAGUCCCAGGCGCUGGCGCUGUCCCAGGAAGAUGCUGGUGGGGCCGUGGUGGAGGUGGACUGCCAGCAGAGACGUGUCACUGACAGCUUCUCCCAGCUCCAGGACCCCCUCAACCAGAGGCGGCAGCAACUGCUGGCUUCCAAGGAGGGCCACCAGUUCAACAGAGACCUGGAGGAUGAGAUUCUAUGGGUGAAGGAGAGGAUGCCCCUGGCCACAUCCACCGACCAUGGGAAGGACCUGUCCAGUGUGCAGCUGCUCAUCAAGAAGAACCAGACUUUGCAGAAGGAGAUCCAGGGCCACCAGCCCCGUAUUGAUGACAUCCAGACCCACCGCAGGGGGAUGUCCCCAGGGCAGGAGGAGAUGGACGGGGAGAGGCAGUCUGUUCUGGAGGGCCGUCUGGCGGAGCUCCGAGACUCCUGGGCCCAGCUCAUCGCUGAGACGGACGAGCGCCACGCCCGGCUGGUGGAGGCCAACCGCGCCCAGCAGUUCUACACCGACGCUGCCGAGGCCGAGGCCUGGAUGGGAGAGCAGGAGCUACACAUGAUGUCAGAGGAGAAGGCCAAGGAUGAGCAGAGUGCUCUGGUGAUGGUGAAGAAGCACCAGACAUUAGAGCAGACCCUGGAGGACUACGCCCAGCCCAUCCACCAGCUGGCCAACAGCAGCCGCACCAUGAUGACCAGCGAACACCCAGAGAGCGAGCGUAUCAACCUACGGCAAGCCCAGGUGGACAAGCUGUACGCAGGGCUGAAGGACCUGGCUGAGGAGCGGCGUGGGCGUCUGCAGGAGAGGCUGAGGCUGACCCAGCUGAAGAGAGAGGUGGACGACCUGGAGCAGUGGAUCGCUGAGAGGGAGGUGGUGGCCGGAUCCCAUGAGCUGGGACAGGACUACGAACAUGUCACCAUGCUGCGGGACAAGUUCCGCGAGUUUGCUCGGGACACCAGCACCAUCGGCCAGGAGCGCGUGGACGGCGUUAACGGGCUGGCCGAUGACCUCAUCGAGUCGGGUCACCCUGAGAACGCCAGCGUGGCGGAGUGGAAGGACGGUCUGAACGAGGCGUGGGCCGACCUGCUGGAGCUGAUCGACACGCGCACCCAGAUGCUGUCUGCCUCCUACGAGCUGCACCGCUUCCACCAGGACGCCCGCGAGGCGCUGGGGAGGGUCCGGGAGAAGAAGGAGGCGCUGCCCUCUGACCUGGGCCGUGACCUCAACACCGUCCAGCACCUCCACCGACAGCACACCGCCUACGAGCACGACAUCCAGGCCCUCAGUGGACAGGUGAACCAGGUGCAGGACGACGCGGCGCGGCUGCAGAAGGCCUACGCCGGGGAGAAGGCCGAGGAGAUCCACCGGAGUGAGCGCUCUGUCACUGAGGCCUGGGAGGGUCUGCUGGGAGCCGGCCAGGCUCGCCGACACGUCCUGCUGGACACCGUGGAGAAGUUCCGUUUCGUCAACAUGGUGCGUGACCUCAUGCUGUGGAUGGACGGGGUCAACCUGCAGAUCGACGCCCACGACAGCCCCAGGGACGUGUCCUCUGCAGGGUUGGUCAUAGCCAACCAUCAGGACAUCAAGUCUGAGAUCGAGACCCGGGCAGACAGCUUCACCACCUGCAAUGAGAUGGGACACUCUCUCAUCAACAACAACCACUAUGCAGCUGAUGAGAUCCUGGAGAAACUGGACCAGCUCCAGGGCAAGAGAGACGAGAUCAGCAACAAGUGGCAGGACAAGAUGGACCACCUUCUGAUAGUUCUGGAGGUGCUGCAGUUUGGCCGGGAUGCGUGCGUGGCAGAGACAUGGCUGGCAGGCCAGGAGCCCUUGGUGCGGGGGGCCGAGUUGGGCUCUAACGUGGACGAGGUGGAGAGCCUGAUCAAGCGCCACGAGGCCUUCGAGAAGCUGGCCGCCGGCUGGGAGGAGCGCUUCACCCUGCUGGAGAAACUCACCACGCUGGAGGAGCAGGAGAUCCAGAGGAGGGAGGAGGAGGAGAGGGCGAGGCGAACCCCCACACCACCCCCGACAGAAGAGGUGGCCCCGUCUGAGGCCGAAACACAUGAUGCCAGGACCAGCUUAGACCAGACCACACUGAACCAGUCAGUAUCAGUGAAUGGAGUCCACAGCUACCAGGAUACCUCCCAGUCGUUAUCAGUAUCAUCAGUGUCAGUGGAAAAGAAAGAGAAGUGUGAACCUGUCUCUAAACCCGUGUCUAAGCCAAAGCAUCCGCUGCGCGGUUCUGAGUCCGACUCUGUGAAUGGUCCGGGGAGAGACAGCGGGCUGGCGUCUUCACGCCUGGACCCGUCUGCCACGCUACCCAGCAAGGGAGAUGACGCUGGCACAGACGCCAUGGAAGGCCUGCUCUACCGCAAGCAGGAGAUGGAGACCCACGCCAAGAGGGCAGCUAGCAGCUUCUCUCUCUCUUCCCAUAGGUCCUGGCAGAAUGUGUACUGCGUUCUGCGUAAGGGCAGCCUUGGCUUCUACAAGGACCAGAAGAGCGCCUCCAACGGGAUCCCCUACCACGGAGAAGUCCCCAUCAGCCUGGGAGAGGCUGUGUGUGAGGUGGCGCACGACUACAAGAAGAGGAAACACGUCUUCAAGCUACGGCUAGGGGAUGGUAAGGAGUUCCUGUUCCAAGCUAAAGAUGAGCCGGAGAUGGCCUCGUGGAUCCACUCCAUUAUUAGCUCCAUCCCAGCAGGGGGGUCAGGAGACCGCUCCCCCGGAGGCCCCAGGGUCCUGAGCCGAGCCAUGACUAUGCCCCCCAUCUCCCCUAGCUCAGCGGAGGCUGCAGGGGUCACCAUGCGCAACAAGGAGGGCAAGGAGAAGGACCGCGAAAAGAGGUUCAGCUUCUUUGGCAAGAAGAAAUAAAACGCCUGGAGAAGAACAACAUCAAGGGAAAUGAUAUUUGUCGAAAUUCCACCAAACUGAAACGGGCAGAAAGGAAAACAGUCUUGUGGCAUAAACGCAUCGCUCUCAGCCUUGGUCCUAAGGAGUUUGUCAACAACUAUGUGGCACACACAGAGCUUGCUCUUUCUCACUCUCUUUUUCCAUUUGUCUUCUCUUUCCCUCAUCGCUCUUUCCCUUUCUCACAUUAGAUUCAUCCUACCAAUGUAAGCCAUUGUCUAUAGCGUCAAUGGCAUUUUCAGACAAGAAGCUGGGUUUGUUGAUCAGUCACACUAAUAAGAACUCUUUGACCUCAUCGCUGGGGGGAACCAAGGUGUUUGUGGGGAGAUGAGAGGCAGCGGUGGUUAGCAUUGGCAGAGCCAAGAGGCUAUGAGGCCCCUAAGAGUCAAUUCUCUUUCAUUCACCCACAUUGGAUUCUGUUUUAAAAUUAGUUCUUCCUCGACCAGUUUUUAGAUGGGUAAUAUGCUCUAAUGCUGUUUUACCAAUAAAAGCGAGCCCAUGGACCACGGUAGAGGGUGCUGUCCCCUCACGUCCCCUCUCCCAGUCUCUCUCUCCCCCCCUCCUUGGGAAGGACCACAUCAUUUUUGGGACGUUGGCGUUAUUAACGUUACCAAUAAUUAUUGUUGUUAUUAUAAUGAUUAUUUAUCUUUUUGCUGUUGCAAGCUUGAGGGGGAUAAAAAGGAAGUUAUUUAAAGAGUAUGUCAGUGGAUGUAUUGAGUCGUGUUGCGAAACAACAAUUUGGUUUAAUUCACGGGACCACGUUGGUCUCCUUUCUGUUUGUAUCGUCUUCAGUUUGAGGUGGGUUUUUUCUUUUUACGAAAGCUCAGUACAUUUUAGCAGUGUGCAGUUAAGUGAUUUUCACCAGUGCAGAAUGAUAGAAAUAUUUAAAGUGGUUUUAUUUUAACUUGGAAUUGUACCUGUUUGAUUUUGUUCUUCUGCGGGAUUAUUUCUCCUUUGAUUGUGAGUUUCCUUGUUUCUUUUUGAAGCAGAGAGGUUUAGUUUUCUAGUGAGAGUUGUGGUGCUGUGGGUUUUGCACGUUUCUGUUCUAAAUCAGACGUGUCCAGUUGGAUGCUGCUUUUCUGACUUCACACACAGGUAAACACACACACAGAUAAACACACACUUAAAUAAAUUGUUGGGAUGGCUUUCUAGAAGUAUUCUUAAAAUGUAGAUGACAAUAUGCUAAUGAAUGAAUUAAACGUUCCUCCUAGAUGGUUUCAAGACUUCCGUUUCACUCUUCCCUCACCACCUCCUGUCCGUUGUUUUGGUAUGUGAUGGCAGAGGGGCACGUUAACACUGCCAGUGCCCAACACUAGAGAGGAUUGUAAGCAGAAGCACAUCCAUGUGGCAUGGGGUGGGCUAGUAGGUGGGGGGGGGGGUCAUUACAGAUGGGUUAGGGUCGGGGCACUGAGGGGGGAUGAUGAGAGUAGAGGAUCAGAAGGUGAUGUGCUGGACGAGGGAGAGGACGAGUACUGAGCCUUACUGCAGCCCACAGACUUAAGAACCCUUUAUUAGCCCAGUCGUUCCUUGAAUAGCGCUUAAUCACAAAGGGAGCUUUUUCGCUCACGUAACAAAUCUCCGAAUGUGCCCCUUGGCGUUGACGCGGCGUACGUCUAUGGAUUCUGUACCCAGGUACCGUAGGGCACAUGGAGACAGGCCCAGCCGCAACAGCGAUUGAAGGAAAUGCAGGCAAAGCUCGGUUGGAUUGGAAGAGGCGUAACCAUGGAUCGCUUUCCUCACUUGAUGGUAAACGAUAGAGAGAAUAGACUUGAGGUGUUUUGCCGGAGAGCUUUGAGCUCCUCCGUGUGUGGCAUGACCUCAUGUAGGAUUGUACCUGUAUGUGUCUCAUUGUUGUCUCCAAUUCUCACCUAGUUAGAUUUUCUAGGUACAUGAGAUUUCCCCGUAAGCGUUGUAUGGCAUGAUACCAUGAAGCCCAUGCUGUGGAGGGUGGAGUAUUACACAGGAAUGCACAGGUGUAUCAUUAGCAGUUUGGAAAGAAUUCACAAAUGGGCAAAAAGAAAAUGGUUAAAUGAUAUUAAAUGACAGCAAAGAUGACUUUGAUACGUAGAUAGGGAGUCCUGGCACAGUGAGUGAUUUUAUUUCCUUGUCUGAGACGAGUGGAAGUUGUUCCUGUAUAAGACGGCUCUAAACAUGGCAGAAUCCUGGAGCCUCAAUUCUUGCGGGCAAUGGUCUGUUACUCAAUGAUCGGCUUAUCUGGGGUGAGGGUGUGGCGUAUCAAAGCCCUGUUAGGUUAUUGUAUGACCGAUGGCUCACCCUAAACCAGAGAUGGAAAGAACACGUGGCUGGCUAAGUGUCAGAAAUGUGCAGCUUUCCAACAGGCAAGACUAUUGAACUAUUGGCCUUUCAGUCCAAUACAGUUGGUGUGAUUUGGGGUAAAUAAGCAAGAGUUGACCCAUAAUACCUGAGGCUGUAGAAUAUGCAGUUGACUGCUUUGUCUGCCUUGAUUUGUAUCCCAGCUGUGAGCCUGAGCUAUUGGUCUCAGCCGAAUGUACUGAGCUGAAACUCUGGCUCCUUAAUCACAGGUCAAAGCCCUCUGACCUGUUCAAUGAGGCAACAAAUGAAAAAGGUCAGCGACGCUCAGAGUAGAACGGAGUGAGCCUUGCUCUGUCAAUAUUCACUGUGACAAACUACUACCAGGGCAGCCAGUGCUGGAUCGCCACAGCACUUCAACAAGUAGCUUGUGUAGCCCUCUAUUGGGCUCACUGCUCCCACAGUGACCCAGUUGAAGACACGAGCAGGUUCCCCAGGCCCAUUUGAGGUCUCUGAAGAUGAGUCUAGCGCUGUAUGUUCUAGUAUAACUUCUUAUGAAUGUUUAUGGCUCAGAAGGUGAGUUGGCCAAAUUGGUCAUGUGAUGCAAAAGGACAUGUUACUUGGAGCCACUAUUUCACAUACUUUACAAACAUACACACUACCUUUCUCUCCUCUCUCUGUCUGUCUCGCUCUCACACACACACACUCUGAUAUACAAAGGUAGAAUGACUCUGGCCUUCCAGCCAAGCAGAAAUAUGUGGAGCUGGUUGUGAUUUGGUUCCAGACUUGGGUUGUUGUUCAGUCUCCGUGUGUUACUGGUGAGCUUUGACCAGAAAAGGAUUGUAUUAUUGAGGGUGUUGAGAGAGGGUUUUGGGGGGGUUUUAAAAGUUAAAGUGGAACAACUAAAAAGUUAUCGUGGUCUCUUAUUUGAAGAGGAAAAGAAAUGCAGUAUAAAUUAACCAGAGGACUGAUGGCAAAUUUGAGCUUCCUUUUUCUAGAGUUAGACAGCAGAUGUGCUGUCUCGCGGGGUUCUUGUAUUUUCUCAUCCAGUGGUCUGAUCUGUUCUGCAGCGUUUGAUAAGCCUGUUCACCCACUCUCAUUUCGAAUUUCUUUGAAGAAUCUAAGUUCCUUCUUCUGUGACUUAACUAAUUCCGAGUUAAUACCACUGCUAUGAUUUAUUAUUAUUGCUACUGUUAUUACUACUACUGUUACGCCUGUUACUUAUUACUUUAACUAGAACUGCUGUCCAUUUUUCAGGUAUGUGUCUGUAAUACCAGACCCUUCCACAAGAUGUCAGUGUGCAGUGGAGCAUUUUCAUUACAGAUUGAAAAUAAUGUUUGUUGACUUGUAUCUUCAUAUUAGGAAUAAUAAAACAUGGUUUAAAAGAAAACAACGAA